GGCUUGGUAUAAAUAAUAAACGCCGCCGUGGUCAUAGGCAGAAGCAACUUGUGCUCCGAACCAAGAGAACCUCAAUUCCCAACUAAAGAUGCGCGCCUUCAUCGUAAUGUGCCUAGUGGCAGUCGCCUGUGCCGACAAGCUCGGCUACAACUACCAGCCCGUGGGCCACUCCAGCUCCGGACUGUCCUUUGCUCCUGGAAGUGGCAGCAUUGGAGGUGGCUCCAUUGGAGGUGGAUCUAUCGGAGGUGGAUCUAUCGGAGGUGGAUCAAUCGGAGGAGACCUCAUCGGAGGAGGUUCCCUGGGAGGUGGAUCCCUGGGAGGCGGCUCCCUGGGAGGAGGCGCCAUUGGAGGUCUAAUUGGUCUUGGUGGACUUGGAGGUGGCGAUUCCCUGAGCGCCCCCGUUUCCUACAACGCCCCCGCUCCUUCUGCUGAGCUCGAGAAGGAGUUCUUCACCUUCUCCGCCAACGAACAGGACUUCGAUGAGCCCCAGGAACUUGAGCGUGUGGCCAGCUCCGUGAACAAGGGUCUGCGCGUGGUCUUCAUCAAGGGACCCGAGAACCGUGGCCUGGAGAACGCCGCCCUGGCUCUGGCCAAGCAGGCUGCCCAGCAGGAGACCGCCAUCUAUGUGCUGAACAAGCAGGCCGAUAUUGGAGAUCUUGCCCAGAAGUUGAACGCCAUCCGCAGCAACAACAACAACAAGCCCGAGGUGCACUUCGUCAAGUACAGGACCCCCGAGGAUGCAGCCAAUGCUCAGCGUGCCAUCCAGUCGCAGUACGACCAGCUGGGAGGAUCCUCUCAGGCCCACAAUGGUGGUGUGGCCUCCGCCCUGAACUUCGCCUCCGCGGGUCCCGUCCAGAAGGCCAACGCCCAGAUCCCCGAGAACGCCUACCUGCCCACUUCCGUCUUCCGUCGUCGCUUGUAAAUAUUUUUAAACCACUUCGUGAUGAGGCCGUAGUAUGUCUUUGUUAAAACUUAUUGUUGAAACCUAUUGAAUAAAAAUAUUAAAAAUUUAAAACCAAA